AUGGCAGGCGAUAUCCCAGUGACAUCGGGAGAAACGGAGAAAAGACUAUUGCGCCUAAUACAGUCACUUAAUGGUGGGCACAAUUCCAUGCAGAAGGAGCAUGCCUCAGACCGCACACCGGUCUCACAGACACCAUCGAGUUCUGCAUUCGAAACGGUGGCAACUUACAUCGCCAAUCUAUGGAGCCCAACAACCAGCACAGUCCCACAAAUAGCAAUCGUAACCAGAACUCCACAAAUCAUCACAACGCAACAAACAAAGAUUUGUGCAUCGCAACAACAAUCCUUCCCGCACGUUUUUGGCACUGGAACCUGGAUCCCUCACACCAUUUAG